UGGUGAAGCGUCCAUCCAUCGAUGGAACGAACACUGACGUACGUGUCAAUGAAUGAAUGAGUGGAGUGAAAGCAUGUCUGUCUGUCUGUCUCGACGGGAUCUCACCAGCUUCAGUCAGUCAAUGUCGCCGUCACGGCUUUGGCCUCGCCGUCUGACAAAUACACAUACGCACCUUCGUCCUGCCUCAACUGACUCGCCUGUCCAGCCAGGCCAGGCCCCCACGCACAAACAAAAACGCCCCUCGCCCUCUCAUUCAACAGAAACAAAACUGCAAACACAGCCCGCACCGGCCGUCUGUCUAUCUGUCUGUCUGUCUGCUUGCGUCAGCCGGCGAUGGAUCACAUCACGCUGCGGCAGCGACCGUGUCGAAGAGUUGGUGGAACUCGAGGACGUGAUCGGGGCGGCGCGAGAACAGACCCACGAUGGCACGCUGAACACACACACACACACACACAGAGAGAGAGAGAGAGAGUGGGGGCUUGGUGUCUGUCUGUCUGUCGGCGGGCGAACCUUUGUGUUCUGCAUGACUUCGGGGAAGUCGGUCAGCGUCGUGGAUGGACUCAACCUGACGCAUGGAUUGGAUGCAUGGAUGCAUGGACAUUGCGGGAGGGAGCAGUCAGUCAGUCAGUCAGGCCAUCUCUUCAUUCACAAGGUAGGUACUCACGACUUUAUCUUCCACAGCCGGUGGAUCCGGAUGGCAGCACAGCAAAAGAGCUCCUCAAGGGCACACUGCAGGCAGCCACAAUCACACACGCAUGUAUCAUGUAUGUUCUGUCAGCCCAUCGCACUCCUGCAGGCAGAGUGCCACGUCGUACGUCUCGUUCGUCGAGGGCCAGUCGGGCGAAGGCCUUCAGACACCUAAGGCACGGAACAGCACACCCGUCAUUGCCUUGUCAUGGGCGUGUGUGUGUGUUGCUACUUUUUGGAGGCCGUAUCGCUGCCCACUGCCGGAUUGUGCCCCGGGGCGUGGUUGAGCUUCAGAUACAGCACCAAGAAAUGCUGGAUAAUCCCCCACCCCACACACACAUACACAUGCACUCCAUCUCAUCUCCCUCCCUCCCUCCCUGUGCCUGUGUGUGCACACCCUGCCUACCGUGAUGUUGACAAAAACAGCGGACAGGGGGUACUCCCAGGGUUCACCCUCCUGCCGCCGCUGCUGCUGGUGGUCGCCCCCCGUCCCGUCCUGCGAGUCGCCUCGGCCGUUCAUCCCAUACGACGAGCUCGCGGGGUCCCUUGCGCGCCGUGCGGCGUAGUCGCGAUUUGACUCCCGCAUGAGGGUCUCGAAGUGCUGAAUGAACGAAUGGAUAUCCAUCAUGACGGCUGCGGGGGUGCGUUCGUUGCGGAUGUGUUUGUUGCUCACGUGUGAGUACUUAUGAGCGAAGUAGAUCAUGCACUGGAGGGAGAGGAGGCCGCCGCCGCGAAAGUCGCUCCGCGGAUCCCCAUUCUGAAAAUGUUCACACGACACACAGCAGUCAGUCAGGGGGCGCCAAUGGAAUGAAGGAAGGGCCUGGUCGGGUCGCGUGUGCUGUGAAUGUAUGUGUGUGUACCUGGAAGCCCAGCUCUUUCCACUGGUCAGCCUUCUCGGGGACAUCCACAUCGUCUGCACACACACACACACACACACACGCACUCACUGCAGCACACAUGUAUUCGCCCCUCCCAGGAAGGUAUGUGACACCAGUCGCCACACGGGGCUGCCCUGCCCUGCCCACGUAUGGUGUGUAUGCACUCACAUACAUACCCACCCGGCAAAUGGAAGGCAAGCCUGAAGUACUUGCACAGCAGCGCCUGCAGUCCGUGCCCCAUCAACACCCCCCACCACCGUCUAGACUCUCCCUUGGAGGUCACUGCUGCGGCUGCAUACAAUACAUCCGUACCUACCUACCUCAUGUUCGGGUGACUGCGGGUCGUAUUGCACACUGGCCUUCUUCUUGUAGCGCCUCAGCGCCGCCUUCUCUUUCUCGGUCAGGCACUCACUGAAGGCGUAAAAGCAGCCCAGACAGUCGGCGAAGAUGCCCUCAUCCUCGACAAUUGGCGCCUCGAGCGCACGAUACGCCAGCAGCGGCUCGCUCUCUGACACGCACACACACGGACAGCACCAACAGCGGGUUGAGUCAUGAGAAUUGGAAUGACUCAUUCACAAUCGCUGUUUGCAUCUGGCCAUCUUACCCCUCGGCGAGUCAUCUGCAGCAGGCGCCAUCUUUAAAAAUGUCGCCACGUUCGCGCGAG